AUGCAGCUACGAACCGAACGUUUAAUUACCUGCCAACAAUCAGCUCCAAAAUGGCUUCAAUCUCUCAUGGGCGGUAAAGAUACAUCCCACGUCUUCGAAACCUCAUACGUCGAUCCUGUUACCAAAAAAGUCACAAUGACUUCUACCAAUCUCACAUUUUCCAACAUCAUCAAUGUGCAAGAAACAGUCGUUUAUCAACCUUUAUCAGCAAACACAACACAAUUUGUACAAACGGCACAGAUUACUGCAUUAUGUGGCGGAUGGCAAAAAGUAAAGAAUGCAGUUGAGGAUGCGACAGUUACGGCUUUUUCGGAAAAUGCACGAAAAGGAAAGGAGGGAUUCGAAGCAGUUUUGGCCAUGAGCAGGAGGGUGUUCAGUGAGGAGAAAAUGAGACAGCAACAAGCCGCUACCGUUACUGCAUAA